AUGGCAACAUGUCUUGCUAGCAAAUCCACCAUCGCGUGCGAACCAUGUCGCCGCCGCAAGACGAAGUGUGACGGUUCACGACCUCAGUGUGGAGCCUGUUAUUCAACCCAUACACCCUGCGUUCUUGUCAAUGAGCGCCCCAGGCGUGGGCCCAAAAAGGGGGAACUAAGGGCAUUGAAGGCUCAAGUUGCCAUGCUGGAAAAGCAGCUGGCCAAGCAAAAGGUUGAGAUGGCGUUUUGCAACAACCGCGGUAAAAACCCCACAGUAGAGGCGCAGAACGGCCAACAGCAACCGCUCUCGCAACUUGACAUGUCUGAGUGGAUGGAAAAUGUGACCGCAGGACCGAGCACCUUCGAAUCUAUCGUGUCAGACGUUGGCGACAUCAUCUCGGGCAUUCCACAAGUUGAACCCACAGCUGCAAGCAUGACAGAGCUAUCGCCCUUGCUCUCAGAACAACCGGAGGCUUCGAUGCCGCUUGACGACUUAGUUAGAGUAGAACUUGACACUCUCUACUUCAACCGCGUCCAUCCUUUGUUGCCCAUGAUACAUCAAUGGCGAUACUUAUCAUGGGCCACGGACAAAAGCCCGUGUGCCGCUCGUUCCGCGCUACGCCUGGCAAUGUGGACGCUCGCGACUGCUUUCUCUGUUCAGUAUCGAGCUCUAGGGAAGAACCUCUACCAACAAGCUCGGCAGAUGGCAAGCUUAGAUGGGGCCCAUCAAGACCUUCCAUGGGACACCGCCGUGUUUCAGCUCGAGCAGACACAAGCCUGGCUUUUGCUAGCCUACUACGAGUUCAUUUGCAUGAGCCAAGACUGCAUGCCCCUGACUGCUGCUCGUGUGUACCGACUCGUGCAGGCGUCUGGGCUGCACAACAUUGACGCUGCUAGUUCUCAGGUGAUUGACGAAGAGACAAUGAUUGUUAGAGAAGAGAAGAGGAGGACAUUUUGGGUGGCGUUCUGUAUUGACAGGCUGAUAACGGCUCAGGACAGCCUGCACAUUACACUCCAAGAAGAGAUUCUUCAUGUCCGUCUCCCCACUCCAAGCAUGAACCCGCAAAGCAGCAAGGGUUCCCUGGGCCACUUCUUGCAAGAGGCGAUCUCACAAACUCCACCUAGUAGCCUCUGUUCUUUCAGUGAGAACAUCGUCUUGACGGCGCUCUACGGCCGAUGCGUGACGCACAGGCGAUUAGCUUCCGCCAACAACCAGGGUGAGACCACCAGUUUCUGGAAGCGCCACGAAUGGCUUGCUGCCACCAUAGAGCAACGCACGCAACCUCUGCCCACGACCCUGUUGGAGCUUGAGCACGGGAUGGAGCGUGGCGCGCUGGAUAUGUUCACCCACUUCCUGGCUCGCAGUGCGGCCAUCCAUCUAAGUGACACCGCAACGCUGUGGCUCUGGUCAGCGGCAGAGCACGAAUCGGCACACUUGGAAUGCAGACGGCGAGCUUUCCAAGCGGCCAUGGAAAUCACGAACCUGGCCCGUUCGUUUCGCCGGCUGAGCAGCUUCCGAGUUCACCCGUGCCUACCUAGGGUCCUUGCACAUGCUGCCGCUUUCCUCCGCAGGAACAGGGACACGCUGCUUGAGCUUGAUCAACAACGCACGGAACCACAUGCGGAGCAGGAACUCCUGGACUCAUUGAGGCAUUUCCAAACCAACAAUGCCUCCGCAGUAGAGCUUUUGCGAGCCCUGGAAGCAGGCACUGAUUUUGUGUUUUAA